AUGGAGGAGUCGGAAACCGCAGCCAUUCUUCCCGCUGAUGUCCUCAACGCUACAUCCGAAGCGGAGCAAGCUGACGUACCCACCACCACCGGGAGCUGCGACCCCCGACCCCGGUUCUCAUGGCAGCUGCUGCCGCCGGUGUCCGUGGAGCCGGUGCUCUUCCUCUCCAUGUUCUCUCUGGUCCUGCAAGGGCCUCUGUCCACUCAGUAUCUGUGGGACCGACUCAGCGAGGACCUCGGCUACAACGGCUCCAAGAGGUCGGAGUGCACCAACGGCUCCGCGCCCCCCGACCCUCUGCAGAAGGAGGUGGAAACCCUAACAGCCCACUGGAACCUGUACAUCAGUCUGGCAGGCUUGUCUGUAGGCCUGUUGGUUGUGCCUCUCCUGGGCUCAUGGAGUGACCUCGCGGGUCGCAGGCCAGUCCUCAUCCUCCCUAACCUUGGCCUGGCACUGCAGGCAGUAGUUUACCUCGUAGUGAUGUACCUGAAGCUGCCGGUGGUCUAUUUUCUACUGGGCAGAAUGCUGAGUGGCCUUUCAGGUGAUUUCAAUGCCAUCCUGGCAGGCUGCUUUGCAUAUGUGGCUGAUACCAGUGACAGGAGGUCCCGCACCUUCAGGGUGGCAGUGCUGGAGGCCUGUCUGGGUCUGUCAGGGAUGCUGGCCAGCAUUAUCGGGGGGCAGUGGCGGCGUGCACAAGGGUACAUCAACCCAUUUUGGCUGGCCUUGGCCACCAACUUGGCCUCAGCUCUGUACGCUUACCUGUUUGUUCGAGAGUCUGUCCUGCCAGACCCAAGUGCGAAGCUCCUCACCCCUCGCCACCACAAGGCUGUCUGGCGCCUCUACUCAUCAGGAGGGAGGAGCAGUGAGGAUGGUGGAGGGUUUCAUAGAUGCAAGCUAUGGUUUUACACACUCAGCUUCUUCCUGGUGGUGAUGGUACAUUCCGGCUGCAGGGAGCUGUAUGUGCUGUACGAGUUAAGCUCGCCACUGUGCUGGGGCCCCGCCCUCAUUGGCUACGGGUCAGCAGCUCAGCACCUGGCCUACCUGAGCAGUCUGCUGGGGCUGAAGAUCAUGCAGCGCUGCCUGGAGGACUCCUGGGUGGCUCUUGUGGGUCUGGCCUCCAACAUUACGGGGCUAGUGGUCUUCUCUGUAGCUGACACCAUUCAACUCAUGUUCACAGGUUAUGGUCUGUGUUUCCUCUUCAUGGCCACGACACCUGUUCUCAGGUCGAAGCUGUCAAAGUUGGUGGACCCAUCAGAGCAAGGUGCCCUGUUUGCCUCUGUUGCUUGUGUGGAGAGCUUAUGUUUUCUGGUGGGUAGUGGUGUCUUCAACUCACUGUACCCAGCCACCCUGCACUUCAUGAAGGGCUUCUCCUUCCUUUUUGCUGCCAUCAUCCUCUUCGUCCCCGCUGGAAUCAUAGGGACUCUACAAUGUUUAGACCAGAGGAGAGACCUCAGAGACUCCACAGUAUCCUGACCUGAAAAGAUGCAGAGGAGGAACCUGUCAUGUGGUUUCAGUUCCUCCUGGUGUCAGUGUGUGCGGUGAGCAGCUCUGGCACAGAGAAAUCCAUCAUGUUCAUCUGUGAUCCUCAGGGAAACGAUUUUAAGAGAGUUGAGCGACUGGAUUCUAGUCACAUCAAGUGAUAAAGACCAAAGGAUGAAGAAUCAAACUUCUGUCUGACUUCACUGACAAUGUCUUAAUGAUUAGAUGCUAGACACUGGAGUUUUUUUAAUAUUUGCGGGUCCUAAAAUCUCAACUUUGUACUCAGGUAGUGGUGUAAUGAAGAAGAUUUUAUUCAUGCUUUUAUUUUGUGAUUUGACACAUUUUCACUAUCAAUGCAAUGAGUGCCAAAGAAUUUUCUGUACAUUUCCAUUUUUUAUAUAUGGACUUCAAUAGCUUGAAUGGCACACUGCAGAGUAAAGUGCUAGGGGAAGGUAAAGUGCAAGAGGACUCCGACUAACGGUACGUUUCAAAUUAUGUCAUAAAGCAGACUCACACCACUAACCUCUUUUGGCACCUUCACAAGAAUCAUAUCAAACAGUACAGAGACGGAUUAGUGCGACAAAAGAAAAUGCAGACACAGACGUUGUAAAAGACUUUUACCUGAAACAGAAUCAUAAAGAAUCAUGAAGAUGGAAUGAGAUAAUAGCUGCUGUUGUUACCUGCAAAGAUAUUUACAUAGUCAAUAAAAGAUACGAUUGGCGGUUAACUAGGAGUGAUAUGUAUCGUUAUCUGGAUAUGAAAUCAGGAUAUGAGAUUGGUCACACACUUUCUGUUCCUUCUGGGAAAGAACUUCACAGAGGUUAUCUUACAGAAAGUUUAUGAAUCCAAUUGUUUCCUGUAUACUGUUUUUCAAACCAAUAUUCUGUCAAUUAACUUUUAUAUG